GUCACAUUAGUGCCGAAUGUACAUAAAAGCUAGGUCGGAUUCGAUCUUAAAACAAUUUCCCAGCAAACUCCGGAUCAGCUAUCUAAACCCUACAAUUAAAUCCUAAGAUGUCAGCAAUUUCCGGACGUGCCCUGCACUACGUUUUCAAAAUCGGAGAUCGGGGCAAGAACUCCUUUUUCUUUCGCCAAAUCUUAGGAAUGAAGGUGCUGCGGCAUGAGGAAUUCAAGGAAGGAUGUGAUGCCGCCUGUAACGGGCCAUACGACAACCGGUGGAGCAAAACAAUGGUGGGUUAUGGACCUGAAAGUUCCCAUUUCGUCAUCGAACUAACGUAUAAUUAUGGAGUCAGCAGCUACGAAAUGGGCAACGACUUUGGCGGUGUGACCAUAUACUCCAAGGACAUUCUUUCCCGGGCCGCCGAGCACUCGUACCCUGUGACGCAGGUUGCUGGAAAGAAGGGCAGCCUCUUGACCUCCCCUGAUGGCUACAAGUUCUUUGUGAUUGAUCAGCCGUCUGGUGACUCUGAUCCCGUCAAAUCCGUAGAGCUGAGUGUAAGCAAUCUGCAGAACUCGAAGAAAUACUGGCACAAUCUGCUUAAGAUGAAAGUGCUUGAGGAGAGCGAAGAAAGCGUGCGCUUGAGUUACGGCGACAAGCAGGCUUCUCUGCAGAUCACCCAGAUCGCAGAGCCAAUAAAUAGAGCCAAGGCCUAUGGACGGAUAGCCUUUGCCAUACCAUCUGCUGAACAGCCACCGCUUUCCGAGGCGGUAACAGCAGCUGGCGGGGCCAUUCUCACGCCCCUGAUCACCCUGGAUACGCCGGGUAAGGCCACUGUUACGGUGGUGAUUCUCGGCGAUCCCGAUGGCCAUGAGAUCUGCUUUGUCGACGAAGAGGGCUUCGGCCAGCUGUCGCAGGUGGACCCCGAUGGCGAGAAUCUGCUGAUCAAGAACAUCGCCAAGGAUCCCUUCCAGCCGAAGUGAUUCUCCCCCAGCGAUCUUUUGAGCACUGAUACUUGUACACACCUUUUUGUAUUUGGAUUUUGUAUUGCUGUUAUGGGUACUGGAUGUCGUUAUAGAAGAUAUUAAACUAGAUAUUGGAAAUGUUUUAUAUUAUACAUAUUUUUAAAAAUGUUCUAAACAUUCAGUCACACUUUUUAAAGUUUUCGACUUUAAAGGACCUUAACUUUGUUUACUUAAAUAAUUGAUAUUCCUUAAAAUAUGUUUAUUCUAGUUAAGUUUAUUAUUAUUUCAAAUAAAUUCAAUCAGAUUAA